AUGACUUUGCCGUUGACAGGUUUGAACUGGUGGCAGAGUAGUUAUGGAGGCCCAAGAGCCCUCCAUUUCCUUCGAAUGCUUCGUUUUGCCUUGUCCACCUCUCUCUCUCUCUCCCCCAAUCAGCAACUCCAAAACGACGCCGUCUUCUACAGGAGCAGGAAAGAAGCUGAUAGGAAACUCCCUCUUGAUAAGCCACUUGCUGCCCUCCUGGAAGAUUAUUGGAAGGAUUCCUUGCUCGCCCUGGAACUUCCUCAGCUACCCAUUUUGUCCCUCCAGAAAGUGGUUCUUCCUUCUGAACCCUGAACUGAACCGGGAAGACUCAACACCACUCAACAAUGGCAUGGGUAGUUGGGUAGGCACUGUAAAAAGCCAGGCUAAAUUCCAGAUUGGGGACUGAAUUCUUGGGCUUGUAGUGUACGUAGAGAAGUUGAAUCAGCCCAUAAGCACAUUACCAGGCUUUGUGGUCCAACAAUGAGGUCCCAAAUCCUCUGUUUUCUUCAUGUUCAAUCUAACCCAUAUAUGCCAUCUCAAUCAAAUAACCCUGUGAACAGAAGGCUCGUGGUCCUAAAAAAAAAAGGUAUGAUCGAUCCAAAGCAUUUGCCAUCACAAUCCGAUCUUGUAAUGGCAGCUUUUCAUUUGUUCCAAGCCCACCCGUAAUGUAUAUAGGGAUCCUAGAGAUUGACUGAACCCUUUGCAACUCGGCUUCACCUAAAUAGGAGGAAGGGGAUUUACGUGAAAUAAACGGCUGCCGUAUACUCCCAAGUGUGUGGUCACGGACUGGAAUACUGUUGCAACUACUCGAAUUCAAGUAGAAGAGAUGUCCAUUAAGGCCGAGAGGCGACUUGACAAAAGAGACUUAGCGCUGGCCUUUCGAAUGGAGGUGCGGCCUUCCCGUGUCACAUUAAUUCUUAGUACGAUGCCUGCGUGGCAAUUGGAUGGGUCAGUUGGGAAUUGUUUGUAUAAUUACGUUUAAUUUGUAGGCGAAAUUAAUUUAUGAAACUUCUUGCUGUUUCCUCCCAA